ACCAGCACCAAGGACAACACCAAUUGCAUGAUGCCCUGUUGACCACUUCAGAAUUACCGGCACAAUGCAAAAGGUAAUUCAACGCACAACCCUUGCGCGCAAUCAAGCGGCUCGCAAGGCGCGAAUCAUCAAGGAGAAACAAGAACGUAUCGAUGUCGUGAGAUACCUUCGAGAACGUGAACAAUAUCAACAAGCACAACUUGAUGCACAAAAACAAGCCGCAAAAACACGACAUGAAGAUUGGUACAAGGGUCCUCUUGCUCCGCGCAGAGACUCAGGUCUGGAGGCUAGCACCUAUGGUGCUGUCGAUGCACAAGGAACUUUUUUACCUCGAAUUCCGAAACAUUUACGUAGACCGUUUAUCAAUAUUGCCCCGGGCGAUCGGGUCGUUCUUCUGAAAGGUCCUGAUCAGGGCAAGAUAUGUGAGGUUUCCACGGUUGACUCUGAAAAUGAGAGUCUCCGCUGUCGUGAUCUUAAUCAGGCAGAUUACCGGGUCCCCUCAUACUUGAAAGACGAGAACAGUGCACCGAUUACGACGGAUUCUCUACCAAUCUCAGUCGAUGACGUCCGUUUAGUUUGUACCCUUGAGGACAAUGGUCGGCAAUACGAAGUGGUCGCUAAACAUGUCCACGGUUCCGGUCCGUUCCUCACUCGUUCAAACGCUAGCACGCCUCGACAUACUAGAUAUAUCAGUGGAGAGAAUAUACGCAUCCCUUGGCCGGAGGAGAACAAGAUCGACCAGACGACCGACGAAGACGGAGACACUUCUCGCAAGGAAGUGGAAUACGAGACAUGGACACCAUCGCUCAACACGGCGCCAUUCCAGAGCUCUGUCAUGGAUGAAUUAAGGAACAAAUACUCCAAGUACCGAACACGACAUGAUCCUGCCUGGGUCGAAGCUCGCAAACUAGAGGAUCUCCGUGCCGAGUUCCUCAAGUCGAGGACGUUGUUGACCCCCGUCGGAGAAUAUAAGGCCAAGCUUGCGGAACAGAAAGCUGCGACCAGACAGUCAAAGAAGGAUGAGAAUGGAAAUUACAUCAUGGACAAGGCUACUUCAGACUUUAUUGCCCAGUUCAUCAGUAAGAAUGGUGCUGGGAAGGGACAGCCGGAACGGGCACUGAAAUAGUUUUUUCUUUCAAUCCCAUGUAUUUUAGAAAAUGAGUACUUGUUUUAUUAUUUACAUAUUCUAAAGGAAUAGCAUGUAUUUAUACCGCUUUGAUCUCUC